AUGGAACCAUCAUUGUCACCUUCUACACCUCAGCCAUCUUUAUCACCAACAAUACCAUGUAAUCGAUCCAAUGCUGAGCUUUUGGAGGCUGUUUUGAACUGGUUUCAAAGCAAGGCAACAGUCGAAACCCAAUAUGGACCGAUGGGAGACUGGUGUUUCGCUAUCGGUGUAACAAGCAUGCAAAACCUCUUCUUUGGUAAAAGCACAUUCAACAAGGAUUUAUCAAAUUGGGAUGUUUCUUCCGUUACUGACAUGAGUGGAGUGUUUUGGAAUGCACGGUCAUUUAAUCAAGACUUGUCAUCCUGGGACGUUUCUUCUGUCACCAAUAUGAAGAGCAUGUUCAGCGGCGCAAGUGCAUUCAAUCAAGGCGUGUCGUCCUGGGACGUUUCUUCCGUCACGACCAUGAAAAGUUUGUUCAAUGGAGCAAGAUCAUUCAAUCAAGACUUGUCAUCCUGGGACGUUUCUUCUGUCACGGACAUGAGCGACCUGGGACGUUUCUUCUGUCACGGACAUGAGUGA